AUGAACUCCAGCAGCGAACCAGACGAGCUGUCUACUACAGCAAACUCGCGACUUUUGCCAACAACCUUUGAACCGCCAAAGGCCAGAAAUGGGCAUAUGAGGAUACUAGAACCACACGGUCGCCGCAGGCGCCCUAAAUCUGGGGACUUCAAACUGCUUGCGGCGUAUGUAGCUGCCUACGUGGGUGUCCUCAUCCCAAAGGAAGACUAUAAGCAAUUCGUAGAUCCGCGAGGAGAAAGGGAAUGGAAGAGGACAAUUCGAGCAGCCUGCGAUAUAGAAUGGCGUCUUCAAGACAUCCGAGAGUUUGACGACAUACCUCCACUAGAGUACAACAUAAUGAGAGAGUAUGUUGCUUGUGCCUGGCCUUUGACCAAAUACUUCGAUGGCGGUUGGCUUAUCAAAUGGGCCCUACGAACUACAUGGACAAACCGCAGGAAGGCCUGUCUCCGCUCUGAUAAAGGCUUAAAGAAACGACAACAAGCUGCGGAUAGGUCAACUUCCCCCAACGCAGACGACAAUCUGUCACUGGCACAACGACCUCGUCGUACCCGAGCGUCAAAACUAGGUCAAUCGCUGUAUUGCGUGGGCGGUUGCCGGAGGAUGCUCACGCUCGACCAGUUCCCUGAAAACCACGUUGGGGUAUGCAUGAUGUGCAAAAGAGGUACCGACACUGCCUCACCACCACCUCGGCUGCAAUCUUUGCCACUUCACGCCAGGCAAGACAGUGUCUCAGAACACGAGCAGUUAGGUCAGGAACAACCACAGUGGAAUAUCAGUCAGAGUGUGCAAAGGCGUUCAACCCCUUAUUUGGCCCUUGCCAGUGGGAGGCCUUCCAGUUUCCAUCGACAACAGAACCCUCACUCAGUGCUACCAGGCAGUGUCACUACAUACUCUGACGCGGGCCAAUAUCCAAGCGGGAGGAGUACAUAUGGCGUGACCAAAAUAAGCCAGAGGGGUUGCAGAGGGCGCACCAAGACUUCAACUCUCCCUAAUCAAACAUUCAACAAUCUUCACAGUCAGGUGCCAUGCGAAAGCGCAACAACUGGAAAACUGCAGGAGCUUAACGAACUUUUCCGCAGCCUAUCACAGACUGAGUACAACAAUUUCAUCCGCAGCCUUAGUUGGGGUGUUCAAGAAGUAGAGCCACCCCAAAACCAACUGUUACGAGAGGUGGCGGUGGACAAGACAACGCAAUCAACGUUAGAGACGCAAGACGAGGAUUCCACAGCUGAUGUCGCCUUAUACCCUGUUACGUCAGCUGUUACAAGGUGUAUAGACGAGAUAUGUAAACUCUGGGAUGUUUCAGACAUUACCUAUAUCUUUCCAAAGGCUAUCUGGCCAAACCCAAAGACUCCUUGGCCUAUAGGAGUUCUAAAAGAGUUCCGAGAUAUGGCUCAGAAGUACCCCAACACAGACUGCCGCCAGAGCAUAUCUUCGAAAUUUGCUGAGCUGGUACAGGCAAGGAGACGAAGGUCUAACGCCAAAUCACAGUGGUCUAUAGUUGACGCAAGGACUACGCACGCAUGGGCAAAAGAGCAGUAUGGACUGGAAAAUGCCUCUGACGCCGAUGAAGACGAUGAAGGCGACAGAGAGCACGCCGAUACAAUAGUGCUGCGAUCAAGUCAGCUACCGCGGCCACAGAUGCCCUUAGCGAGAACCUUACUGUUGCAGAGCAAGGCUUUGUCUAAGCAUCAAUCUACUAUACGCACGUACUCACGUAAGCAUAGUAACUAA